AUGAAGCUCAACGCAGUCCUUAUUGCGACAUUAACCACAUUUGCAAGCUCUGUCCUAGCAUCAGAUGGUUGGGGCUGUGCUGUAGAGGAGGGCGGUCCCGGCACCGGCCUGCUUGAAGAGAUCAAGGGAAUAUUCGAGGACCAGUUCGGAUCUGGCGACAACGACCUGAAGCCUCCGGUUUGGCGGGCCGUGAAAUACAAGGGCUUGUAUUUUGGAGUUGGCAAUAACGAAGGCUAUACCAAGAAGGACACAGCCGCGCUGCGCCAGCAGCUCGUCGAUGAGAAAGAUACAAUUGGUGACGGAUAUAGGUGUAGCUGGACUGGCUCGGGAUCGGCUGAUCCUGCGUAUGAUUUCGGUUAUGAGGAUGACUUUUCUUGUGGCGUUGCUGGGGGAGUUUGGCGCGAGGGUUGCGAUACUCGCGUUGUUGAGUUGAUUUUCCUACUCCAUACUGAAGUUGUUGGCUUUACCUAUAAGGGCAUUACAGUGUCGUCAUAG